AUGCCACAUAAGAAGCGUGCGAAUAAGAACCACAUUCAAGUGAAAAAGAUACUCGCCAAUAGCGAAUCAUCUUUGCUUGAUAGGAAAAAAGGGAAGAAAAGUUUCGAACGUAUUCCACGUCAUGAUAAUAACCCAGCUGAUCGCAAACGUGAAGAACGUAUAUUGAAUGAUGAUUCAUCCGAUGAUGAGAAACACAAAGUCAAAGUCAAACGAUUGCAAUUAAAAAAGCAUAUUAAUAAAGAACUGGAAAGUCAACAGCAAAGCUCACUUAUACCGAAGAAAAGCCGAAAGAAUAAAUAUUAUCUAUUGAAUCAUCCGGAAUUGAAGGAUGUGAUUAAGUCCGUAACGAAAACAAACAAACGUCAACGUCAAUCCGACGAUGAACCCGAAGAGCAACCAGCCGCGAAAAAACCUUCGCAAGAAUCAAAACCGUCAAUUUGUGAUAAACUUGUUUCUAAUAUGAUUACAUCUCGUUUUCGUUAUCUUAAUGAGAAAUUAUAUACCACAUCAAGUACGGAAGCUCAAAAUAUGUUUAAAAAAGAUCCUCAAUCAUUUUAUGCAUAUCACCAAGGUUACGCGACAAGCAUGACUCGUUGGCCAGAUCCUCCAUUGGAUGAAAUUAUUGCAUACAUUCGAAAACGCUCGGGAAAUCUCGUUAUUGCCGAUAUGGGAUGUGGCGAUGCUCGUCUAGCUCGGACAUUGAAGUUGACCCAUCCGAAUAUUUCCAGUUUUGAUUUCGUUGCCUUGAAUGAACAUGUGCAAGUGUGUGACAUUGCACAUACGCCAAUGAAAUCAAAUUCGGUUGAUAUUGUUGUCUUUUGCUUGUCAUUGAUGGGAACAAAUUUAACUGAUUUCAUUCAUGAAGCGCAUCGUAUUCUUCGUUUACGUGGAACGAUGAAAAUCGUCGAAAUUGCUUCACGAUUCGAAAAUCAACCGCAAAAGUUUGUACGAAAAAUCGAAGCCAUGGGUUUCCAAUGUUCGAAAACAAACUCAAUGGAAGAGAAGAGUAACGCUCCGUCGAAGUAUUUCUAUACAUUCGAUUUCGUGAAAAUCUCUGAAGAUAUCAAAUCGAAAGCUACUGUCACACUUGCGCCAUGUUUACAUAAGAAACGUUGA